GAGAGCUGGCAUCUGGCAACAAUACCGGAAGUAUUAUUCGGCGCUUGCGCAGUGCGGAGGGCAACGAGAGCGCAUUAGCGCGACGACUUUCUUUACAUCCAAAUAAUUAAAUCUGUAAAUUAUUGUGUUUAUAAAUCUGUGAUAUGGCGGGAAUAAAAGCUCUCAUCAGUUUGUCAUUUGGAGGAGCGAUUGGUCUCAUGUUCCUCAUGCUGGGCUGUGCUCUGCCCGUCUAUAAUGAAUACUGGCCUCUGUUCCUGCUGUUCUUCUACAUUCUCUCACCCAUCCCAUACUGCAUCUCACGCCGCGUGGUGGACGACACAGAUUCGGCCAGUAAUGCCUGUAAAGAGCUGGCCAUAUUCCUCACCACGGGAAUUGUCGUUUCUGCCUUUGGCCUGCCUGUCAUAUUUGCUCGAGCUAAUGUGAUUGCCUGGGGUGCCUGUGCGCUCGUUCUGACGGGAAACAUCGUCAUCUUCGCCACCAUCUUGGGCUUUUUCCUGGUGUUUGGGUCCAAUGACGAUUUCAGCUGGCAGCAAUGGUGAAGCGUCUGGACUCUUUCUCAUUCUGAUACUGCGUUUGAUUUUACUCUGACAUUACUAUUGUUUUUAUUUAUCAUUUCCGCCCAUGAAUAGAUGCAGGAAAUCAGUGCAAUAAUUUUGUUCAUCUUUAGAUACGUCUGACCUCAGAUAGGAUAUGUUUGUUUAAUUGUUAUAAUCAAGUUCUUUCUCGGUUCACCGCGUGUGCUCGGUGAAUUCAGGUGGUCAAAGAAAAACACUGACGACAUCCAAGUUCUGUGUAGUAGUCCCAAGCGUUUAAGCUAUUAGAACAAAGUUACUCCUUCUGUCUGUGAUCUGAAGUCCAAAAAUGUGUAAAACUUCAGCCAGGAACUUGAGAGUUUUAUGUUUAACGGCUCAAAUCGAAAGUGUCUUGAGUUCAGGACCUGAUAGAGACCAUCUUUAGCUCUCCAUCAGCUUUAUGAAGUUAUUCUGUUACUUGUUUCUAUUUAUUUGUUCUUGCAACAGGUUUGUUUUGUGUUAAAGCUUAUUUUUGAUUGUAUUGAACAUGUCAAUGUAGUUUGAAGGUUGUGUUCAGGUUUAUCGUGAAGCUCUUUUUAAUAUUUGAUUUGCAUAUUGAUGCAUUCGGUGGAACACAUGAAAGUUUCUAUUUAAUCACCAGAGGAGGAAAAAACUAAAUAAGCAUUAAUCAGUUACUAACAUGCAAAUAAAAUCGAUGAUUUUGUCUUAAAACGUGGACUAGCUCAUUGUCAUUUUAACAGAUAUCGGUGCAAACACGAAUCAAUAGUCAAGAUCAUGUGAUCUCAUCUAGAACCAGCUCGAUUGGGGUUCUUGACUCUCUACUGUGUGUUUUAUAGAGGUUUUCUGAGUCAAACUGAAAUAUUUCCUUAAUGUUAAUUAAUUGUGAAUUUUUGUGUUUAUUUUUAUCAGAUGUAAAACUUUAAGCUCUCUGCCUCUGAAAUAAACAAAUCUGUCAAAUUUCGCAUCCCUUCCAAACCAGUUGUUGUAUGAAGACGACUUCCCACCACUCAGUCAAUUGCCUGUUUUUAACAUCAAAUCCAGAUCUUUUCUUCCCAUUACAUUUGGACUGGAAAAUACAUUGCUUUUGAAAUGAGUCGCUGACAGCAUUUCAUGUUGACACUGAAGUUUUGGCGAGAUGUUGAGUUAUUUUUUAUCACACUCUGUUUAGAAACGACAGAAGUAACAUUGUGACCUUUCAUUUGAUCUCUUUCUCUCUUUUUUUUUAAUAAAUUUCAUUUUUGGAAAAAAUCA